CAUCCACUUCAUUCAAGAUUCACGACCGCGCUGGCUUAGAAUCAACGGCAGCUAAACAUCAAGCCCCAUCUUGAAUCUCAAACGUCACGAGUGGAACAGUCAUGUUCAAGAGAAUAGCAAAGCUAGCCAAGGCAAAUGAGAGGGAUGAGAAGCUUGGUAUCCCAGUGGGAGAAGACUUCCCGCCCGAAGCGAGGAUGGGAUUCUCAGAUGACGAAGAUGAGAGCGACAGCGAGUCCGAAGAUGAUUCAGAAGAUGAUGAAUCAGGCCAUGAUACAGCAAACGAGGCCGAAGAUGGUGCAGAGUUUGUCGAAACAGCUCAGAAUGAAGAGGAAAGCAGCCGAGACGACGAUGAUGAAGAGGUAGAUGAGGAGGAGGAGGAGGAGCUAGACCUAGAGCAGGCACCCAUGUCCAUCCCUCAAGCGCUUGAAAGCACGAUCUACGUAGCGUUCGAUGCGCCCUUGAAGAAGACCUUUCAAAUUCGAUCGUGCGUCCUUUGUCCAGAUGCGCAGCUAAAAAACGACAAGGACACGCAGGAUCACGUUUCCAGCCAGGCACAUGCAAAGCGACUCGCCAAAUUCGAGGCAUAUAUUGGGGAGAACUUGUCGGAGAAGGAAAGGACGGCGCCGCCUUCUGAGGGAGGUGCAGAUCCCCGUCACAUCGUUGCCGAAAUUGCAGCGGCGUCGCGGCGAGCAGAGGCAAGCCGGAAGAAGCACAAGCAAGCCAAGCCUUCGUCUUCAAAGACCUCGAUCAAAAGCGAUGCAUCACCGAAGAAAAAGGACGGAAUGACAAAGAGCGAGAGGAGGCGAGCUUACAAAGCCGCGCAGAAAGCCAAAAAGGAAGAGAAGCGCAAAGCGAGAGCAGGUCCACAGAGUCAGGCAGCAUUGAAUACUGAGGCCAAUUCUUCGACUCUCGGGAACGCUUCAGCGGCAAAAAGUCCCGCCGCCAGGAAAGCAACCUCGCGGGAUGAGCACGGCGGGGUCAAGAAGAUCGACAGCGGUGAGGUAGGAAUAUCCACAACGGCCACCAAAGUGUCUAAGAAGCGGAAGGAUCAAAGUGCAGAGCCAUCCCACGCCUCGAAACUAUCCGGCGCAGCUCUCGAAGCUGCAAGUGACAAGAAGGCAGCCAAGAAAGCUAAGAGAAAUUCGGCUUCGGAUCUGCGCCAUCCAUAGAUCAUUCGAGCUUGCGCUACAGUACCGCGCGCACAUCGCAAUGACGCUGGUCAAGCAACGCGAUAGAGUGGACAUUAUCCCUCGAGUAUAGCAAGCUGGGCACCUUGAUCCGCAAUUUGCCAUUCAAGAUCCAGCUCGUCCAGGAAUGACUUCAUCUAAGAAGGUGAUAGCGAUGUGUGCAAAGCGUCGGUGUCAGUCAAGCUGUGCUUGUGACUGACCGCGGACGUCACCUGCUCACCAUCAUCUGUCUACGCUCAGCUUCCUGCUUGGCAGUCUCUGUUCGCAAUCUUUCGCCUCUGAGCUUCAGUAGUCUGAGGUCACAGCAGUGAUGUGUUAGUAUUCCAUUAUACCGUCC